UCUUUUUUUCUUAACCUCAAAGAUUUUGUGGAGGAAAGGAAUGCCAAGCAACACCAUUUUGUUGGUGGACACCCACUUUUGAAAGGGUCAAGACUCAUAAUUUUCUUGUCAAAGUUUCAGUUUUUAUUUCACGCUUAGAUAUUUUUUUGAGGGAAAUUGGGUUGAAGUGAUCUAAAGUAGAAAUGGGGUUGAUUUCUGGGAUACUGAUGGGGAUGAUUUGUGGGAUCGGUUUAAUGGCUGCUUUGAAACAUGUGAUGAUGUACAGGAGCAACAAACGAAUUGCUAAGGCAGUAGAUGUAAAUCUAAUGGGCUCCCUCAGCAGGGAUGAUCUAAAGAAAAUUUGUGGCGAUAACUUUCCUGAGUGGAUAUCAUUCCCGGUUUAUGAACAGGUCAAAUGGUUGAACAAACAAUUGAGCAAAUUGUGGCCAUCCAUUGCUGAAGCAGGAGAAGCUAUUAUAAGAGAAUCUGUUGAACCUCUUUUAGAAGAUUAUCGACCUCCUGGAAUUACUUCAUUGAAGUUCAGCAAAUUAUCAUUGGGAACUGUGGCACCUAAAAUAGAAGGUAUUCGUAUUCAGAGCCUUAAAAAAGGUCAAAUCACCAUGGAUAUUGACUUCCGAUGGGGUGGUGAUCCCAAUAUUGUUUUAGGUGUUGAAGCUGCAAUGGUUGCUUCUAUACCCAUUCAGUUGAAAAAUCUUCAAGUUUUCACUGUUAUUCGUGUUAUCUUCCAACUAACUGAGGAAAUGCCUUGCAUAUCGGCUGUUGUUGUAGCAUUACUUUCUGAGCCAAAACCUAGAAUUGACUAUGUCCUGAAGGCGGUUGGUGGAAGUUUAACAGCUCUUCCUGGACUUUCAGAUAUGAUUGAUGACACUGUAAAUACAAUAGUGACAGAUAUGCUAGAAUGGCCACAUAGAAUUGUUGUUCCGAUAGGAGGCAUACCUGUGGAUACUAGCGAUCUGGAGCUUAGGCCACAAGGGAAGCUCAUAGUAACUGUAGUCAAGGCUAAUGCCUUAAAGAACCAGGAAAUGAUAGGAAAAUCUGAUCCAUAUGCAGUAGUAUAUAUACGUCCACUUUUCAAGGUUAAGACAAAAACCAUUGACAACAACCUAAAUCCUGUUUGGGAUCAGACGUUUGAGUUAAUUGCAGAAGACAAGGAGACCCAAUCCCUCAUCGUCGAGGUCUUUGAUAAAGACAUUGGGCAAGACGAGCGAAUGGGUGUUGCAAAGUUGCCUCUGAAUGAGCUUGUAGCUGACUAUGCCAAAGAAUUUGAGUUAAGAUUAAUGCCAAAACUUGAUAUGAUGAGAGUCAAAGAUAAGAAGGAUAGGGGAACUAUCACAAUAAAGGUGUUGUAUCAUGAGUUCAACAAGGAAGAGCAGUUAGCUGCUCUGGAAGCAGAGAAGGCGAUCCUAGAAGAAAGGAAGAAGCUGAAAGCAGAAGGGGUCAUCGGGAGCACAAUGGAUGCGGUUGGUUCAGGUGUCGGUCUGGUAGGAACUGGCAUUGGGGCAGGCGUGGGGCUCGUUGGAACGGGGCUAGGUGCCGGUGUAGGCAUAGUUGGAAGUGGCUUUGGAGCUGUUGGCAGUGGCCUAAGCAAAGCUGGGAAAUUUAUGGGAAGGACAUUCACAGGAGGGCAUUCCAGUAAUUCAAAGAAGAGUGGUGCCUCUACUCCAGUAGACUCUGUUCAAGAAAAUGGUGGUGGAAAGCCUCUCAAGACUGUUCUUGCAAGUACUGAUUAGUUCUGUGAACUAUAGAAAACUCAAGUAUAAUUUUUUUUUUUUUUUUUUAAGAAUUCAGGUUUUAAUGUGACAAUAUGUUGUUUGAAGAAUGGAAAUUAAGUUGUUGAUAGAAUGGUGAAAAUUAUGUCAAUGUGAAAUCGUUUAUGGUGUUGGAUUA